AUGUCUUGCUCCUCACCUGAUGAUAUCGGUGAUUUUUUGAGUGUCGUGAGGGAUGAGAAAGUCGUAUCGGCUGUGCAGGACGUCGAGCAUGCUCGGUUGAACUCUAGUGAGAGGAAGAAGUUGCAAUUGAGCUUAUAUGAUGACGAUGAAAUCAUUCUGCGUUCUUUUUUCGUACGUAAGAGUAUCGAUGGCAAGUAUGGAGUACUGCUUUGGAGAGAUUCCGAGCAAGAAGUUGUUUUUGAUGUGCAGGGUUUAUUGGCGAAGUUCAUGCUGCCUCCAUUGUCACGGCAGAGGUAUGGUUCGACUCAGCGCCCAUUGCUGCUGAGACAGAAUGCAACCUUGCUUGCAGCUACCGAUUCAUUUGGCAGAUCAUCCUCGGCACUCGGUCAUUUGUUUCGCUUUUUUGAGCAGCAGUUUGGCCAAGGUCAAGUGCGUCCUUGGAGUCCGGUAAACAUGGGAGUCGCGGAGGCCAUUUCUGCAGAUACGCGCUAUGUAUCACCUCGUUCAGAAUUGUCGUUGUGGAGUGAUGCGUUACCGCAACUACAGGAAUUCCCACUCCUGGAUAAAAACAAUGUCAUUCGAAAUUGGGUUGAAGAAGGCAAUGUAGCAUUUACGGAGGACAAUUUCGUUGAUUAUUCUGAGGUCGUAUCUGGUGGAGGUGUUUCUCGUCGCACACCGGCCGAUCCCAGUAUCUUCAGAGUGGGUCAGAUUGUUGAACUGGGAUUGAGUUUGAAAGUUGUUCGUACCCGACAAUCUUCCUCGCAAUAUUCUUUUCUUGUCCAUAUGGACAAUCUGUUAUUGUUGAAUCGGUCACCGUCGAUGUUGUUGGCUAACCUGGAAACUCUCAGACAGUCCGUCAAAGCUCUAGAUGUCAGGCAUGCGAUGGAAACACAUGCUCUCCUGCCGAAGAAGCGCCGUGUCAGAGAGGAUGAUAUGUUUGAAUUCGAGAAGUUGUUGAUUACUCGCCAAUUCUCUCGUCUUGCACUUGAAGGAUCAUCUGGUCAGCCUGAACACUCGUCGGUUUCGGAGUAUGAAGUCUCAUCCGGAAUUUCCCAAAUUGUUAGCUCUCCAAUGUUAUCAGGAUUCUCUUCAUCAGAGUGCGUUGAAGUCGAAGAUGGCGACAUUCUGGAACGUAACCCUAACCCCAAAGUGAUGCAAUGUAAGCACAAUUUUGUGCCUCGCAAACGCAUCAGCAAACAGGACAGUGCUAUUGUGGAAUGUUGGCCAGUCCAUCAGUUCUCCACUCCGGCGCAUGCGGAUGCAGUGAACUGCACCACGAAGAUUGCCAACUCCCUCCAAAAAAGUCCAUCCUUAGCUCCCAAAGACGACUUCAUCAAUGUGGAGGACGUCUUCACUCUGCCAGUGGUCGACCAAUUCCAAACGGCGUCGUCUACGAUUACCAACCCUUCUUUUCCUGGACAGGCCCACUCCACUGGCGCUAACGCCCCCCUUCCUGGAUUCCUUCGCCCCGUCAAUGCUAGCUCUUCUCUCACUGGAUCCGCACGCCCCAUCAUGAUUGACGCUAACAUUUCUCCUUCCGGAUCCGCCCACCCCGCUAAUAUAUGA